UUUUGUCCUAGAUGGCAGGAGAGAGGAAUUCUCGGCACUUUCAUAAACUCGAUUUAUUAAUCAUCAACCAUGGCAUCCUCACCGCAGUCAAGACGUUCCUUCCUCAAAGUUACGAUGCCUCGACGAUUGCGCUCAUGGUUCCAGACGCCUUUCAAGCGACACGGAAAUGCGGAGGAUAGGAAAGGUUCUAAGAACCAAGAGCAGUCUCGCCUUGCACCUCUGCUCGGGUUGUCGACGUUUACACAGCACAUCUCCGCCACUACCUCUACGUCCUCCUUUCCCCUCCCGACUUCCCUCCCCCUCCCGGCCGCUCCAGCUACCGGUUCCAUCGACGUAGAGACGUCCGCCUCACAGCUCCCACUCGCUCCGGCUACUGGUUCCAUUAAUAUAGAGACGUCCACCCUACGGCCCCCAGCCACUCCAGCUACUGGUUCCGCCGAUACAGAGAUGUCCGCCGGCGUGGAUAAUACGAAGCAGGUGGAAAAUCUAUAUUCCAAACUUCCUGAAUCACCUAGCCAUAUUCGCUUGCUUCAACUAUUGCCGUCUAAAAACGAGGACGCCACAAUACACUGUCGGCUCUUCUGCACCCCAUUGGACUCAAAAGGCACCGCAUUGGACUCAAAAGGCACUCGUCCGUACGAGGCCUUAUCCUACGUGUGGGGCUCCGAGGACAACCUUUGUUCCAUCUUUAUAAACGGGUGCGCCUUCGCCGUCAGGGAAAACCUUUACGCAGCGCUAUUACAUCUUCGAGAUCACUCCAUUGAACGAAUUAUAUGGAUAGAUGCCAUUUGUAUCAACCAAAAAGACCUAGAAGAAAGAGGACACCAAGUUCAAUCUAUGGCGAAGAUUUACGCUAAAGCAAGUCGCGUAAUUGUUUGGCUUGGAAAGGAGGCAGCCGGUAGCGACCAAGCGCUCGAAGAAAUACGCAUCGCAGCCGAGCGCGACCAAGCGCUCGAAGGAAUACGCAUCGCAGCCGAGCUGCCUACAAAACGAUUAGACAAUAAAGCGGGAAUCCUUACACUGCUUCAACAACCGUGGUUUCAGCGCAUCUGGGUGCUUCAGGAAGUUGCCGCGGCUCGCCAUAUCCUGAUCAAGUGUGGUUCUGCUGAGGUUGACGGAUUUGCAUUCUGUUCAGGCCUGAAAGUAUUGAACCUGUCCAAUGAACUCCCCGCAGACCUGUGGGCUCGAAUCCUUUCGGUAACCUACCUUAUAAGGGGCGCAAUCUUCCGGUCCAAAUACGCGACCAGUCAGUCAGACAACUUUUCUCUUGACAUACGCCCUCUGGGUGAACUGAUAGAGAUGUACCACACCCGUGGAGCUACGGAUCAUCGUGAUAAAGUAUAUGCCUUACUCGGUAUGAGCUCUGAUAAUCCAACCGCAGCAGGAUUAUUCGCCGACUACGAUAUUUCGUGGAAACAACUCUUCAACAAACUCAUCCACUUCGUCUUAUCAGAAUUGGUCUCUGUAAACGGCCUUUCGGACGAUAAGGAGAUUGCCAUCAUUGAGGGCAAGGGCUGCAUUCUUGGCGAAGUGUCCUCGGUCACGAGAAAUACUAUUUGGGAAGACAGACAAAAUGUGGCCAUUACUUGGAGUAAUGCCCCCAGCUCUAUUUGCGUGAAGGAAGCAUGGGGUUCUUCCUGGACUCUCCCGACCACGGUAAAAUCCGUCCAAAAAGGAGAUGUCGUCUGCCUUCUUCAAGGAGCGUCGAGACCUACGAUCCUCAGGCCAUAUAACGAUUACUGGGCGGUUAUCAUGAUUGCAAUUUCCCCAGCAGGCGAUCUACAAGCUACGACCGGAGAUAUCAAACAAUCGAUAACAGUCUUUCCACAUAAUUUUCUACUUGUCUGGGAUUGGGAUCUUGAUCCAAACAAGCAGCAAGAUAAAAACAACCACGACUACUUUGCAAGCAUUCCAGAGCAUUCAAAGACAGGGUUGGAAGGUUGUCGAAAUGCGGCGACUAGGAUACGGAAUGUCAGAUUGGUAUUACAAGAGGUGAAACAGUAUGGAGUUGCAGUGAAGAAUCUUCGGGAAGAAACGGCGGUUCUUGAGAGGGCAUUGAGGAGCAUGAGCAACCUAAAAAAGACUUGCUUAGGCCCCGAGGAUUCAGAAAAGGAAGAUGCAAAGGAAACAAUGGUAAAUCAACUUAUUAAGGACAAGGGCCAAUGGACGCUUCUAUGCUUGGCGGCAGAAAACGGGCAUGAGACGGUCGUAAAAUUGCUUCUCAACACUGGCAAGGUCAACUUGCAUAGGGAGGAGCUACGGACGGCGCUGUGGCUUGCGGAGCAAAAAGACUAUAAAGCGAUCGUUAAGAUGCUUCUCGAUACUGCCAAGGUUGACGCAGGUGCUAAGGAUGAAAAUGAACAGACAGCGCUACAUCGAGCGGCGAUAACUGAGCAUGAAGUAGUCGUUCAGCUACUUCUCGAUACCGGCAAGAUCCUAAGGAUAAGGAUGGAGAUACAGCGCUGCAUAUGGCGGCAGUGA